AUGAAGAAUAACAAUAAAAGUCAGGGUUCCCAGAAAAGUGAAAUUGAUGGUAAAGUUACUAAUUUGUCAUCAAAAAUAAUUCCAGAACUUUGUGAGAUAAGAGACAGACAACUAAAGCUACUCAAUAACAAGUCUUUCAUUUCUAAAUUAAAGGACAGAGGUGCUAAAAUCCAAGAGUUUCAUGACAAAGUAGUCAGAGAACUAAAAGCGAGGGAAAAUGAGGACGAAGCUUGUCGAAUGUUCGAUAACAUGAGGUUAAGUGGAGUUGAUGAAAACUCUGUCCAACAAGUAGAAUGGACUGGUAAAAUUAAAAAGCAAAGGGACGAAUUCCUUGAUUCAGAUGACGACAGUGAACCGGAAGACGUUUUACAUAUUCUUAGUCAAAGCACGGCGCAAGAGAAAUUAGUUAAAGUAUUGGAACCUGAAAAGCCUCUGGUGACUACGGAAGAUUUGAUUAAAAUAAGUGAACUACCGCAUGUUAAGUAUAUUGUUGAGAAAACUGAGCUUAAUCCUAAAUCUAAACUAACAGGUCAGUUUAAACCAUAUAGAACUACAAAAUCUGAUGUACAUAAUCUUGAAAAAGAAAUCCGAAGAAAAAAACAUAAGCAUUGGGAAGUGACUGCUGCAACGCCUCCACCAGCUAUCCAUGGGCCAGCUAAGGUAUUGUCGAUAGGAGAAUCACUGAAACUCCAAAAGGAGUAUAAUACACAUUUGAAAGAGAUUGAAGCCCAACAUGCGGCUGAGAAGUUGGUAGCUCGAACAGGAGUCAAAAUUGGAGAAUUUCCUAAAGACAAGAGUAAUUUUAAGAAGUAUAGAGACUUAGUGAGUGAUGAUGAUGAUGAUUCAGACCUUGAAGGUAGUGACAAAGAAGUACAUGAUGAUGAACCAGAAAGAGGUGGAGUAGUCUUUACUGUGAUGAAUUAA